UGGAGACUUUUAUUAAACACACUAACACUGUGGUGAGCUGGGACAGGUGAUGAUGGGAGGCACAGAAUGGGAGGAGUCAAUCUGAGAUAAGGACGCUCUCUAUUAGAUAAGGGCGCUUCUCUCCGCACCUUCAGCCAGCAGCAGAAAGAGGAAGAUAGAGGACACUCUUCAUCUCGUGUCGCUUCCACGAGGAGAUACACAUAUAUAGCCAAACACCCCAAAAGGAGAAUUUACUACAGUUUACAUUUGUGGGAACUUCACGAAGUCAACUGAUGUUGCUUUGAAUUUGACACAGGUGAAACGAAGAACCUUUCUUCCACCUUUAUUCAAGCACGCACGCAAAUCUGUCGCGAUGCUUCCGAGUCCUGUAACCUCUACUCCAUUUUCGGUAAAGGACAUCCUCAAACUGGAGCAGCAGCAUGCUCUGCACCCCAGUGGAUUGAUGGGUGUUGAGCAGGACACUGUCCCGCUGCAGUCGCUUCAGCUUCAGUGCAUGCACAGCACAGUGAGCCGGAGCCUGGAGCUCCUCUACAGCCCCGACAAACACAGCGUGACCGCCGGGGAACAGGUGAAGUGCGCCCUGGAUCCAGACCACUUCGACAUCGUCAGAAGCUCCUGCGGAUCUCCAACGGAGGAGGAGAUGGAUCCAAACGAAGAAACAAGCAUGUGUCAAUUUGACGCUUCCGGUUAUACUGAUAGAAAAGAUGAAAGACCGGGGGAGAAGCCAAAGCAGAGGCUGCGCAGGAAACCUCGCGUGCUCUUCUCUCAGACUCAAGUGUUUGAGCUGGAAAGACGCUUCAAGCAGCAGAGAUACCUGUCAGCACCCGAGCGAGACCACCUGGCUCACGUGCUGAAGCUCACCUCAACACAGGUCAAAAUCUGGUUCCAGAACCGGAGGUACAAGUGUAAGAGACAGCGGCAGGACAGAAGUCUGGAGCUGGCCGGCCCACGGAGGGUGGCGGUGCCCGUGCUGGUGCGGGACGGCAAGCCCUGUCACGCAGCUCCGUACAACGUCACUGUGUCAUAUCCCUACAAUAACUAUUACAACAGCUAUGGAAAUAACCCAUACCACUGUAACUUCACUUCUGUACCAUCGUUUGCCAACACAAGUCAAAUACCCAACCACUUUGUGGAUAUGAAUUUGGCGACGGGAGGAGUGGAUGGGAUCAGGACUUGGUGAGACCUGCCAUGAGUCCUAAAAGAGAAGAUUUGGGAUUAAGACUAUUUAAUCGAAUGGCACUGGUGAAAAACGUUGAGGAAAACAUACUGUCAUAUCUUAUAAAUUGUCUGAUUUUAUAUAUAGCUAUUUUUGUUUUUAUAUCGCUGGUUUACACAACAAACACCAAAUAAAGACUAAGUAUUUAAUAAC